AUGGCAACACGUCCUAAGUAUGAGAUUGCUGAAACCGACGUCGAGGGAUACACUCGCAUCAAACACGUCUAUAUUCCCAUGAGGGAUGGGAUCGAGCUGUGUGCUGAUCUGUUCUUGCCGUUCGCUGCAUCCAAGGAAGGCAAAAAGGUUCCUGUGGUCUGCAGCAUGGGUCCUUAUGGCAAGGACAUCCAUGCUUCUGUUUUUGGAUUACCAAAGACACCGAUAUAUGCCGAAAUGUACAAAAACGUCAAGCCUCUAGGUCCUGAUGCUUGCUUUGAGUUGUGCGAACCCACUAUCUGGUGCCGGGACUAUGGCUACGCUCUCCUUCGUGUCGAUACCAGAGGUAUAGGAGGUAGCCAAGGAAAACUGGAUCCGUUCGGUCUGGAAAGAUCGCUCACUAUUCAGGCGGAUGCUGAGGGACAAGAUCUCUAUGAUGUCGUGGAAUGGGCCGCUGUCCAGUCAUGGUCGACCACGAAAGUCGCUUUCUCUGGCAUCAGCUACUUUGGAAUGGUGGGCUACUGGGUUGCCAUGCAGAAGCCACCCCAUUUGACUUGCGUGAUUUCUUACGAGUCUGCUUGCAGCAUGUAUCAGGCUGUUAGACGUGGCGGAAUUUACAGUCACAACUUCCAAUCUCACUGGUAUAACAACACUGUUAUUCCAUCACAGGGCGGAAGUCAAGAUGGUGUACUUACGGACGAGCAACUCGUUGCCAACCGGGUAGACUAUCCUCGUCUGUGCGCAACAACUGAAUUCCCCUCCGACGGUGUCUGGGCCGUCUUUGAUCGAGUCCGCAAAUUGUCCGACAUCGAGGUACCCUUCUACAGCUCAGGUAACUGGACUGACCCAGAACUCCAUUUGCCGGGAAACAUUCGCGCUUUUAACGAGAUUUCAUCCAAAAAUAAGUGGUUGGAGAUGCACACCGGAAAUCACCUAGCUGCUUUCUAUGAGCCGGAACACAUUGAAAUGCAGAAAAAGUUUUUGGACUACUAUCUCUUCGAUAAGAAGGACAACGGGAUGCUCGAUGUCCCCCGAAUCAGGUUACUCCAGCACCACGGCACUGAGACAUUCUACCGCGAAAAUGAGGUCGCUUAUCCUCCACCAGACGCAAACGAUGUCAGCUUCUACAUUACUCCUGAGAAGAAGCUCUCCCUUACCAAGCCAGGCAAUGCAAAAACUGCCUUCAACUACAAGGGUUUCAGAGAGAAUAUCAAGUUUGAACUUGAUGCUGCGUUUUCCGAUUCAUUCGAGCUUCUUGGAUCUCCCUAUCUCGAGAUCGAGGUCAGCACCAAGGCCAAGGACCUGGAUUUCUUUGCCUAUCUCCGUGCUUAUGACAGUGAUGGAAAGCUGAUCGUCCUUGCUGGUAACCACGGCGAGCCUAUGGAUAAUUUCUCCAGAGGCUUUUUCCGUCUCUCUCACCGUGAUGAAGUUGCAAAGAACUUCGAGAAGGAACGCGUAAUCAGCCAGCCAUCUGCCCCUAAAUCAGAAGUCUUGCCAGGCGAGGUCUACACUGUCAUUGUCCCCUUUUACCCAGCGGCAUAUCUUUUUGACGAGGGACAGACUUUGACUAUGGAGAUUGGCUCGGUAAACACCCCAAGCACCAUCCCUCCCAUGCGUCAUGAGGGUGGGGACAGAGUGCAAGAGAGAUUUGAGGGAGACAACGUCAUUUUCUCUCAUGGACGGUUGGUCCUUCCUCAGGUGAAACGGUGA